GGGGCGUUUGAGCAUUGUUCUGGAGUCCAUUCGCUUCUCCUCCGGGUUAAACUUCCAUCUGGACCCUCCUCGUUGAUGUAGGCUUAUUUAAGAAAGAAAAGAAAAGAACAGAAGGAAAUAAUUAUAAUCUUCAUCUUGUUUUCGAGUGUGUUCCUCUGGUAGCCACGCCCCCUCUGGAGCGAACGAGGCGCUACAUUGCGCUACAUUGCGCUACAUUGCGCUACAUUGCGCUACAUUGUGUUGACCCUUUGAUUCUGUGAUGGCCUUUCCCGGAUACGGAGCCGCCCCCGGUGGAGUCGCGCAGGACCCUCUCUACGGAUACUUCUCAGCUGUAGCUGGACAGGAUGGACAGAUCUCUGCAGAAGAGCUGCAGCGCUGCCUCACGCAGUCCGGCAUCUCGGGCACCUACAAACCCUUCAGCAUGGAUACCUGCAGGCUGAUGGUCGGCAUGCUGGAUAGGGACCGGUCCAACAGCAUGGGCUUCAAUGAGUUCAAGGAGCUCUGGCAGGCCCUGAUCGGCUGGAAGUCGACCUUCAUGUCCUACGACCGGGACCGCAGUGGCACGGUGGAGGGCCCGGAGCUGCAGCACGCCCUCACCUCCAUGGGUUUUAAUCUGAGCCCUCAGGCCAUGAGCAUCAUCAUGAACCGCCACAGCGUCAACGGCAGAAUCGGAUUCGACGAAUUCGUGGGCUGCUGCACAAAACUCCGUGCCCUGACCGAUCAGUUCCAAAGAAGAGACGUGAGCCAGACUGGCACGGCUUCAUUUCACUACGACGAUUUUAUCCAGGUCACCAUGAGCAUAUGAAGAGGAAUGGACCAAUCAGAAUGGACACACCGGCCCUUUAAAGUCUUCUCAUAGAAUAACGCUGUGUAUACUUAGCAAUGUGAAUUUUUUUAUUGCUAAAACCUUGUUGUAAUAAAAACGCAUUUAAACGUCACAUUCCAUUUUACGGUGAAGUUUAAUGUGUGUCGUAAUAAACUAACACGUGUGCCAUAACCUCCGUUGGCCCUCAGAGCUGCACGUCUAUAACCAAUAAAGCUUUUCCUCCCUUUGAUGGACA